CUAAGAUGGACGAGCCAUGGAGCUUUGAUUAUAAUAAUAUGGACAGUGCGGACGUUGAAAAGAUGUAUAUAAAAGCUGCUUUUAAACUUGCAGAAGAAGCAUUAGACAAUGGAGAAGUACCAGUAGGGUGUGUAAUGGUAUUUGAAGGUUCCAUCAUCGCAGAGAGUAGGAACACUGUUAACGAAACAAAAAAUGCAGUUCGACAUGCUGAAAUGAACUGUGUAGAUCAAGUUUUCGAGUGGUGCAAGAAGCAUGAAAGGGAUUCAUCACUUGUGUUUAAAAAUCUACACGUGUUUGUCAAUGUGGAGCCAUGUAUAAUGUGUGCCUCUGCCCUUAGGGUUUUAGACAUUCCACAAGUUGUGUAUGGGUGCAACAAUGAACGAUUUGGUGGUUGCGGUUCAGUCAUGAACAUACAUAACGAUGAAGUUCCAGGAUUUGGAAGAUCAUUACAGGUUACAAGUGGUGUUAAUGCCGAUGAUGCUGUCAAGCUUCUGAAACUGUUUUAUAAAGGACAAAAUCCAAAUGCUCCACAUCCCAUUCUGAAGGCACAGAAGCUUACUGAACUAAAUCAAACAUCUUAAGAUCUCUAGAUGUUUUAGAAACUUACUAAAUUAACUCCAACAACUUGACUGUUCUGGGUGUUUUAAAACUCAGAAGCUUACCAGACUAACUCCAAUUUUUUCACUCUCCUGGAUGCUUGAAAACUCCGAAGAUUACCAAACUAAAUCAAACUGUCUUGGAAGUUUGAAAAUCAGAAGUUUAUCAUAUUAAUUCUAAUAUCUUGAUUGUUUUGGAUGUUUUAAAACUCAGAAGCUUACAAAACAAGUUGAGUGUUUUAACAACUGUAUAUGUUUGAAAAGUCAGAAAUGUAUCAAAUUAGAACAACAUUUGAACAACUUUUAAUACUUAGAUUAUAAGAUUUUAAUAUGUAUAUUUCAACAACAUUUUUACAAAAAUUCACUCUCUUGUUUUUACUGUACAAUUUAUUUUAUGAAUGGUUGGAAGAAACAGAGAAAAACCAGCAUACUAGGUAAAGAAAUGUAUACAAGAUUGUGCAUAACCAAUAAAACAACAGGAUUUUUUUAAACUUUUAGAAUAAAGACUAUUUUUUGUGUUAGUCCUUAAUGGUUUUUGAAAAAUUAUUUUCAUAAUUUUUGUGGAAGAAAUAAAAUAUUUACUGUGAACAUUUAUGAAGUGAAAUAUCGAGCAAGCAAGAUUUAAAAUUCGAAAUUCUCAUUAACCUUUUUUUCUUCUUUUUUUCACGAAGUCUUCUUAAAUGUGGUCAAGCAUAGCUUAGUGGUUAGUAUAAUGGGUUCGAAUCACUGUGUUACUGAAUAAGCUCCACACACAUUCAACUGUGGGUACAUAAUAAAAAUGACAGACAAUUCUGUUAUAUGUUUAAAAGAGAUAGACAAAACCCCUUUGGUGGUGGUACCUUCUGGUUAGUUUCCCUCUCUGUAGACAAUAGAUCAAAAUUAGGGAUUACUAUAUCUGAAUCCCAUGGGAUUCAGUUUUAUACAGUUUUUUAUUAAAUGUUACAAACAUUAAUUUAAAUUAAUUAUAGAAUACGAAGAAGAUCAAUAAUAGUAAUAAGUGUAACAGUUUUAUAUUGGAAAAAUCUGUACACCUCCUGUAAAUUAUUUUAUGUUCAUUGAAUGAUUAUGAAAUAGGAAUGUCAUUAGAGUUUUAUGAAUAUUAAACCAAUAAAUAUUUUACUUAAUUUUGGAAUUUUUUUAAAAUCUGAAUUGAGCUUUUAAUUUGUCAAGUACUUGAAAGAAACGUGUAUUGAAUAAAUUAAUGUUACGUUUUUAAGUAAGAUACGAGUCAUAAUGUGUAUGUUUUUUUUGGCAUUCUUACCUAAUUUUUUAUUUCAGGUUGGAGAUUGGGGAAAAGGUAUUAAAUUGGGGUAUAGGAUGGUUGGGUGAGAGAAAGCAAAACAUUGUUAUUAGUGAAGGCUAGUCAGACUGGACCCUCGUUACUGGUAGAGUGCUUUAGAGAACAUUACUGGACCUUUGUUUUUUCUUGUUUAUGUUAAUAUAUGCAUGAUUAGUAAAGUUUGUAAAUGACAUUAAACUCUUGAAUAUUUCAAACUGUGUUGAAAAUAUUGAAGUAUUACAGAAUAGUUUGGAUCAGUUGGUUAGUCAGACAAAUAUAUGGCAAAUAAAAUUUGAUUAUAAAAUAUGCCAGACAAUGCACUUGGAUUGUUAUACUUUUGAUCACAUUUAAUAUACAUGGGAACCCACUGAACAGUGUGACUAAAAAAACAGGAUAUUAACAUAGUGCUAAUUAUCUAUAAAUUGUACAUCAGUAAAAUCAGUUGAGCCACACUUGGGAAGUUAAGAUACUGUAAACAGUUUUGGUUUC